UGUAAAACCAAUGGUUGUUUAAAAUUUCUUUCAUUUGACAGUGCAACAUAUACAGUUUAUGAUUCGCGCGCGAAUACUGUAAAUUCAUAUACAAUGGACACACAUACUUUUGAAGCAUGAUAAAAAAAGAGAACAUAACAAAUGGAGCAUAGUCAUGGUCUAGGUGAUCACAAUGUAUGCUGCAAUUCAAAUAAAAAUGUUGAUGUUCGCCAAUCUUUCGUUGAAAUGGAAUUCGAACGAGGUAUUUGGUAUGCAGCACAAUAUAAUGAAUUGGAUCGUGUAAAGGCGUUGAUGAAUAAGGGCGUUUCAGCAAAUGUAGUAGAUUCUGCAGGAUACACAGCUUUGCAUUAUGCGGCUCGAAACGGACAUUACGAAGUUUGUAAAAUGUUAUUAGAAAAUGGUGCAGCAGUAAAUGCACAAACUCCGUGUGGACAUGCUGCUGCUUUGCAUAGAGCAGCUAUGCAAGGUCACAUCGAUAUUGUUAAACUUUUAUUAAAGUUUGGUGCAAAUGCUAAUUUAAAAGAUAUAGAUGGAUAUACUGCGUUGCAUAAAGCCCUUGCGGCGGGUUCUGUGUCUGUCUCCAAAUUUUUGAUAAUGUACACAGACUUAACGUUAAUGACAAAUAAUCAGCUAAGUGUAGAACAAUUAGCAAAAGAAAAAUGUCCUGAUAUAGUCCAGUUUCUUUCAAAAUAUAUAAAUACGGAAAAUGUUACAUGAGCAACCGGGGCAAAAUUUCUAAAAUUGAGAGCUGUGAAAAUUAUUGAGGUAAUGCAAAAGAAUCCAUAACAAUCAUUGUAUUUGCUGCUACUUUUCCAAGAAGAAGACCCAUCACUUCCAAAGUGCCACCAGAACGAGCAUGCAUAACCAUUUUUAAUAAUGCCAACGCAGAAAUUUUUAUAUCUUUAAAGAAGUGUGGGCUGUAAAAUUAAUGUAUAUAUAUAUAUAU